AUGACUGAAGAUUCCCUUUUUGUUACCGAUACAAAACUUGCUGAUGCCAUGACUCAGAUUGUCAGUAAUGAGGAACCAGCUCCUGAGGAGCAAAAAGAGGAACAACAACCAGAAAAUCCACCAGAACCACCACAAUCAGCUCCAAGUCCCACUCCUGAACCAGUUAUGGAUGCAGCUUCAACAACAUCUGCUGCAACAGAACAACCAAAAACAGAAAUGACAAAGGAGGAGGUUGAUGAGCUGAUUAACGACGCAAAACAAGGAAAAGAUUUAUCACAAUACAAUUCUUCUCAGUUAAAUCAAGCAUGGAACGGAUUAAACUCUCAGAAAACUGAAUACACUCAACAAAGAAAAUAUGUUGAAGCUGAUAAAGUUACAAAAUUAAUGAAAAAGAUUCGUUUAUUAGCAAAUCAAAAAGCGGUGACAGAAAAAAGAGAAGCAAAGAUCCAAGAACUUGUACAGAAGCGUGACGAGUGCCAAGCUGACCUCGACAAGCUUAGUAAAUCUUGGGAGAACAAAUUAGCGGACUUUGAUGCACAAAUUAAAGUAAAAGUACAACAAUAUUACGAUCAGCAAGGAAAGGAAUUAGCAGAUUUCGAUGCAAAUACAGAAAAGGAAAUUGAUUCCUUACAAAUUCGUGAUACAAAAGAGCUUUUGAAGCUUAAAUCUCGCGAAGAAGGAUUGGUUAAAAAUGAAAUGUUCAUUAAAGCUCAAGAAGUACGUUCAAAAAUUGAACAACUCGAAGCUGAAGUUAUUGAGUCCCAAAAAUCACAGAAAAGAGAUGAAUUAUCAGUUAAAAGGCAACAGAUAAUUAACCAGCAGAUCCAGCAGCUCCGUGUUAUUGAACAAUGGGCAAAUGAAAAAGUUAUUGAUUUAAGUCGCCAAAUGUCUGGCGAAAUCGGAGCAGCAGAGAAGCGUGUUCAUAACUAUGAUGUCCAAAUAGCUGCAGUAAAGACUGGGAAGGAGAAGGGAUCAAAAGGAAAAAAAGCUGAAAUUUUAGUUCCAUCUGUUCAGAAAAACUCUCGAUCUACCAGAUCUGGAUUCCGUUGA